AUGGCGACAAAUAAUGGGCUGUGGUUUGUGAUGUUCUUAGCUAUUUCAUUUUGCUUCAUCGGCCACAUCGAAGCCAAGUUCUCCACCGACACGAGUUUCACCUUCGGGGCGCAACAAUCUUCCUUUCUCAAUGGAGGAAAUGACCUACAACUUUUAUUCGAUUUACUUAAAUAUUCUUUCGAAUGUAUAAUUGUAGGUGGCGGAGUUCAAUCAAACAACCAGUUCUUGUUUGGCAGCUUCCAAGCAAUGAUCAAAUUGAUUAAAGGAAACUCGGCAGGAACUGUCACAACUUUCUACUUAUCCUCCACAGGCGACAAUCAUGACGAAAUUGAUUUUGAGUUCUUGGGAAACGCAUCGGGACAACCUUAUACCGUCCACACAAAUAUUUUUGCCCAGGGAAUCGGUGCAAAGGAACAACAGUUCCGCCUUUGGUUCGACCCAACUUCUGGCUUUCACAACUACACCAUUCAUUGGAAUCCCUCCCAAGUUGUGUGGUAUGUGGAUAGCACUCCGAUUCGAGUAUUUAGAAACUACCAAAAUCAAAGAAUCCUAUAUCCGAACCGUCAGCCGAUGAGGGUUUACGCUAGCUUAUGGAAUGCAGACGACUGGGCAACUCAGGGUGGACGUGUCAAGACUAACUGGACUCUAGCCCCGUUUGUGGUCAAGUACAGCGGGUUCAAGCCAAGUGCAUGCGUGUGGACAGGAAAUGUGAGUAUUACACAGUGCGCUCAAAAAACUCGUGCAAAUUGGUGGACCUCUCCUGCUUAUAGCCAGUUGAGCAAUUCCCAAAGGAACAAGUUGACAUCGAUUGGAAAAACAUACAAGAUCUAUGACUACUGCAAAGACUUCAACCGUUUUCAAGGAAAAUUUCCUGCUGAGUGUUCCUUGCCUCAAUUCUAA